AUGGAAGGAAUCCGUGCUACAAGGCGAGCUGCUAGCCAUGGAGCCCUCAACGCCGCCUAUAACAGUCAAGCCCGCCCGACGCCCCGCUCUCUGUCACGCCAAGGUUCACGAGCCCAUCUUAGAGACGCCAACGAGUAUCCAACUCUGCUACCUUUACCCGGCCCUCUCGAGAGCAUGCUGAAGACGACAACAGAAACAGGAGACAUUGGAGCCUUCUCCAUAAGGCCCUCAGCAACAUUCCAUCAACUCCCUCGUCAGCGAUCUGCCUUCUGGGAUGAGGGGUUGAGGUUGACGCCAAGAAGACAGACAGAGUUGGUUGAGAGGAGUGGAGGCCGUGCCUGCAGAGAGGAUGAUCGCAGAAGACUACCAUCCUACCGAGACCCGUCUACAUCAGAUAUUAUAUCAAUGUAUGGAUCGGGAAGCCAGAGGUCUGGGUCUAGCUUUCGUCCUGUCAUGCUCGACGAAAUGGGCCCGAGAUCCUAUUCAAUGACAAGCAGCUAUGGCGCGCGACAAUACCAUCAACCGCAUUCCCAUUCUAGUGGUUAUGCCCACGGAUCUUCUCCAUCUUACCUGCAACGACCACGCUCACCCUUCCCAUAUCCUACGAGACUCAAGCGGCCGGGGGUUCGCCCUUCUUCGCCGGCUCUGACCGAGAAUGGGAAUAGGACCGACUAUCAUAGAUCAUAUAGACAGCCGCCGAUAUAUCGUCAAAGCAGUCGUCGAAGACCCCCGCUGUCCCUCAGGUCAGAAGUCAACCGCCCCAUUCGAUCACAUCCUAGCCAAAGCUCCUAUCGAUCUCAAAGAACAUCAUCGUCUGGAGCAGGGCUUCACGAGCAUUAUGUUCAUGGCCGACCGGUGAAUCCUUGGGUCCAUCAACCAAGUGAGAUCAGUGACUAUGACUCCACAGAUAUGAAUGCUAGGAACUCAAGCUUUGGAUCAAUCAUCGACAAGUACCGGUAUUCUUCGCCUAUAGAUACAGGCUCACAGAAUCUCCAUGUGCCCUCAGGACCGUUUUAUUAUGACUAUUCCGAAGACUUCGACUAUCCCAGACAGGAGAACAGCUAUCGGUCUCGCAGUCCCUUGGUGCCAAUGUCAGCUCAUAACACAAACACCCAUCGCGUCCUCGGCCACAGUGAUGACUGUGCCAGCUACCCCAAACGUCGAUUCGCUCACUCCAUCAGCGACCCAUCAACCCCAAACGCAGAUGAAGACUCAGAAAAAAAUUGGGUUCGGUGCAAUGAUCAACUUACGGAGCCUCAUAUCCGUGUACCCCCUUCCACACCUCUUGGGACGCAGAGCUUGGCUACAAAACCACAAAUUGACGCUGGAUCGGUGAUCGAACUGCUACGACCUCAGGCAGCUCGUGAAAGGAGCCAGCCCUCACCAACAAUACCAUUUGAGACAGAUCCAGCUAAAUUCCCAACAACCACGCAGCCAGAAAAGAGGGAAACCUGGUGCCCUCAAGCAACUUUCUCGGAUGAAGAUGACCAGGAGAAAUUCAAGAUUGAAAGACGAACGGCCACAUCGUACGCCGGAUCCAUCUCGUCGGUCCAAUAUGCGCAAUGGACUGGAACGGUACGCCGGCCGUUGGAUCCCAUCGAGAGUCUCACUGUCGGCGAUCCAGCGGAGAUAACGCUUGUUUGCUCUGCGGAUUCCUCAGUUGAGCAAACAGCAGCUUCAAGUCCUCGUGCCAAUCAGACCGGUCCGGGAUCUCUUAUCAGCGAGCUCCAAGACUCAGAAUUACACUGUGAAUGUGCACCAAUAGGUAUCGCUGACAAGCGGGCAAAGACUCAGAGCCUUACUUACCUUGAUGAGUCCAUCGGAAGGCAUGAGAUGAUGAAACAGAGCAGGCUUUGGCGUUCCCCUUCAUCAAACAACCUACUCGAGAAGUCCCGGAGUAUUCAAUCCGUCAGCUCACUUAAUAAUGGGUUCCAAGGAACCCCUUGUGGGGAGCAUGAUCCUCAAGCCCUGAUGCGCCGCCAUAGGAGAAAUCAGGCUAUGUUGAGAAUUAGCCAGAGCAGUGGGCGGAACCUACCAGCAGGAGAUUCCCCAUCUCGGAUCGGUACCCCAAUUUUAGCACCCAAGCCCAUUUCUCCAGCAAAGGAGCUCCGGGUCAGGAACAGCAUACCUCAGCUUAUGAAAGCGUUGCCUGCACUUCCUGGAGAUAGCCACCCUGUAUCUUCAAGCCCGGACUUGCUGAGCGAAGACUCGAAUGAUGAAAAGAGAUCUAAUCAGAUGGCUCCCAUCAUUGUGUCAACUGUGGGAGGCAAUAGCAGGAGUUUGAUUCAUCCAAUCGACCAAGAGGCGCACGGUUCCGAAGUAACGGAUAGUGCUGAGGUCCAGUCGAAUGCUUCGAAUAGUGGACUGCGCCUGACAAGCCCAGUGUCAAAGUUUUCAGCCGAACAGCCUUGGGUACCGUUGCCAGAGUCAGAAUCUCCUUUUGCGCCCAAGACUGAUCGUCCUGGUACUAUGAGCUUUGACAAGCCGCCGGCUCUUUUGAGGAAGGGGAGGAAACUAAGACUCAGGGUACUUCGGGAUGCACUGCAGCACUUGGAUAACCAUGAUAGUAGUACAGUCAGGAGGCACCCAGAGGCCAAAUACCCGAACACCAUACUUGAGAUCUCGGAGUGUUAUCCCGAUGGGAACGAGUUUCAAGACGGCCUCGUUCACGAUGCCACUGCUCGGCACGAGACCGAUCGUCUUGACAACGAGGACUAUGAUGAAACGGCGUCUCUGCCGGCCACAAGCCCACCACUGUAUCAAGCAGAUUUAGAAAAUGGUUUGGCUCGUGGAAAUUCCUUGGAUACACACCUUGAGAGACCCAUUUUAUCUGGGACUACUAUAAUUGCGACUACAACAGCGGAUACAUAUGAUCACCCUUCUCUGAAUCAGCAAGAAAUAAGUUCGGAUAAGCAUAGAGGUCCACGAAAACAUUUCUCCAAAAUGAAGCUGAGGCUUACCGAGUCCCUGACAAGACGGAGUGGCCAAGACCUAGCAGAGGAGCUCAGAGGUUCAAAUGUCACCGACCCCACUGCACGCCCCGGAGAGAUUGACGAAAUCCAGCUGCUGUCGUCGAGCGGAGAGGCCUCGUCCCUGAACGAAAAGCUGAGGUCGGGCAGGGCAUCCGAAGUCUCGAGGGUGCAUAACAAAGGAAGAGUUAGACAGAGGUUCUCAAAACUCGUCAAGGGGGCCAGACAGACAUUUCGUUUGUACAUGUACAAACGGCCUCAAGCACGACCUCAAGGAAUACCACCAGUGACCUGA